GAGAAAGUUGCCUCCUAUGCAGAUGGGAAGUGAUGGCUAUGAUGAGUGGGCCCUGGAGAUGUGAGACAGGGAAGUAAAAUGCACGCUUGCUGCCCCCCAGUAACUCUGGAACAGGACCUUCAAAGAAAAAUGCAUAGCUGGAUGCUGCAGACUCUAGCGUUUGCUAUAACUUCUCUCGUCCUUUCGUGUGCAGAAACCAUCGAUUAUUAUGGGGAAAUCUGUGACAAUGCAUGUCCUUGUGAGGAAAAGGAUGGCAUUUUAACAGUCAGCUGUGAAAACCGGGGAAUCAUCAGCCUCUCUGAAAUUAGCCCUCCCCGUUUCCCAGUCUACCACCUCUUGUUGUCUGGAAACCUUUUGAGCAGACUCUAUCCCAAUGAGUUUGUCAAUUACACUGGGGCUUCAAUUUUGCAUCUGGGUAGCAACGUUAUCCAGGACAUUGAGACCGGGGCCUUCCACGGGCUGCGGGGUUUGAGGAGAUUGCAUCUAAAUAAUAAUAAGCUGGAAGUUCUGCAUGAUGACACUUUCCUUGGUUUGGAGAAUCUGGAGUACCUACAGGUCGAUUACAAUUACAUCAGCGUUAUUGAACCCAAUGCUUUUGGGAAGCUGCAUUUGUUGCAGGUGCUUAUUCUCAAUGACAAUCUCUUGUCCAGUUUACCCAACAACCUUUUCCGUUUUGUGCCCUUAACGCACUUGGACCUACGGGGGAACCGACUGAAACUUCUGCCCUAUGUGGGGCUGUUGCAGCAUAUGGAUAAAGUUGUGGAAUUACAGCUGGAGGAAAAUCCCUGGAAUUGCUCCUGUGAGCUGAUCUCUCUGAAAGAUUGGUUGGACAGUAUCUCCUACUCGGCUCUAGUGGGGGAUGUGGUUUGUGAGACCCCCUUCCGCUUACAUGGCCGGGACUUAGAUGAGGUGUCCAAACAGGAACUUUGCCCAAGGAAACUCAUUUCAGACUAUGAGAUGAGGCCGCAGACGCCUUUGAGCACCACGGGGUAUUUAUACACCACUCCGGCCUCGGUGAAUUCCGUGGCCACUUCUUCCUCUGCUGUUUACAAACCCCCCUUGAAACCUCCUAAGGGGACCCGCCAACCCAACAAGCCCCGGGUACGCCCCACCUCUCGGCAGCCCUCCAAGGACUUGGGUUACAGCAACUAUGGGCCCAGCAUCGCCUAUCAGACCAAAUCCCCGGUGCCUUUGGAGUGUCCCACCGCGUGCACUUGCAACCUGCAGAUCUCCGAUCUGGGCCUCAACGUCAACUGCCAGGAGCGCAAGAUCGAAAGCAUAGCUGAGCUGCAACCCAAGCCCUAUAACCCCAAGAAAAUGUAUCUGACGGAGAACUACAUUGCCGUUGUGCGCAGGACGGACUUUUUGGAGGCGACGGGGCUGGACCUCCUGCACCUGGGCAACAAUCGCAUCUCGAUGAUCCAGGACCGCGCCUUCGGGGAUCUCACCAACCUGAGGCGCCUCUACUUGAAUGGCAACAGGAUCGAGAGGCUGAGCCCCGAGUUGUUCUUUGGUUUGCAGAGCCUGCAGUAUCUCUUCCUCCAGUACAAUCUCAUUCGAGAGAUCCAGUCUGGGACCUUCGAUCCGGUCCCGAACCUCCAGCUGCUAUUUCUAAAUAACAACCUCUUGCAGGCCAUGCCCUCAGGCGUCUUUUCUGGCCUGACCCUCCUCAGGCUGAACCUGAGGAGUAAUCACUUCUCUUCCUUACCCGUGAGUGGAGUUCUGGACCAGCUUAAGUCGCUCAUCCAAAUCGACCUCCACGACAACCCUUGGGAUUGUACCUGCGAUGUCGUGGGCAUGAAGCUGUGGGUCGAACAACUCAAAGUGGGAGUCCUGGUGGACGAGGUGAUCUGCAAGGCGCCCAAGAAGUUCGCGGAGACCGAUAUGCGCUCCAUUAAGUCGGAGCUGCUGUGUCCAGACUACUCAGACGUGGUGGUUUCCACACCCACGCCCUCCUCCAUCCAGGUCCCCGCGAAGACCAGCGCCGUGACCCCCACCGUCCGGGUGAACAGUAGCGGUGCCCUCGCUGGCUUGGGCGCGGGAGGAGGUGCGUCUUCCGUGCCCCUGUCGGUGUUGAUCCUCAGCCUGCUGCUGGUUUUCAUCAUGUCUGUCUUCGUGGCCGCCGGGCUCUUCGUGCUGGUCAUGAAGCGCAGGAAGAAGAACCAGAGCGACCACACCAGCACCAAUAACUCGGACGUGAGCUCCUUCAACAUGCAGUACAGCGUGUACAGCGGCGGCGGUGGCGCGGGCGGUCACCCGCACGCACACGUGCACCAUCGCGGGCCGGCUCUGCCCAAGGUGAAGACGCCCGCAGGCCACGUAUACGAGUACAUCCCACAUCCGCUGGGCCACAUGUGCAAAAACCCCAUCUAUCGCUCCCGAGAGGGCAACUCGGUGGAGGAUUACAAAGACCUGCACGAGCUCAAGGUCACCUACAACAGCAAUCAUCACCUGCAGCAGCAGCAGCAGCAGCCGCCGCCGCAGCAGCAGCAGCCCCAGCAGCAGCCCCCGCCGCAGCUGCAGCUGCAGCCGGGGGAAGAGGAGAGGCGGGAAAGCCAUCACUUGCGGAGCCCCGCCUACAGCGUCAGUACCAUCGAGCCCCGGGAGGACCUGCUGUCCCCAGUGCAGGACGCCGACCGCUUUUACAGGGGUAUUUUAGAACCAGACAAACACUGUUCCUCUACGCCCUCCGGCAAUAGUCUCCCGGAGUAUCCCAAAUUCCCAUGCAGCCCCGCUGCUUACACAUUCUCCCCAAACUAUGACCUGAGACGUCCCCAUCAGUAUUUGCACCCGGGGGCAGGGGACAGCAGGCUGCGGGAACCGGUGCUCUACAGUCCCCCCAGUUCGGUCUUUGUAGAACCCAAUCGGAACGAGUAUCUGGAGUUAAAAGCAAAACUAAACGUUGAGCCGGACUACCUCGAAGUGCUGGAAAAACAGACCACAUUUAGCCAGUUCUAAAAGCAAAGAAACUCCCUUGGAGCUUUUGCAUUUAAAGCAAAGAAGCAAGGAGACACACACGUUGAACACAUUCGACUAAUUGUGUUGUUUCAACGUUUAGGGUGAAGUGCCUUGGCACGGGAUUCUCAGCUUCGGCGGAAGAUACUGAAAGGGUGUGCAAUUUCCUUUUAAUUUUACACGCGGGAAAUAUUUGUGUAAACUGGGCACAUGGCUUUUCUCUUCUUGCGUGUGGGGAAGGAGGGUAAAAGGGCUUUAUGGAGGGCAGUUUGCUGCGCGGGACUUGUUAAAGGUCUUAGUCAUUUGUAGUGUUUGGAAGUGUUAAGAAUGGUAGAAGAUGGCAGCGCAUAGAUUCUCCUCUGCCUCUUUUGCUCCCUUUCCCAUCUCCCCUUUUAAACCAUGGGUGGGUCUAAAUGGCUUUUGUGGAGAGGUUAGCACACUCCAACUUUAAGUGAAGUUUGUUUUCUCCCCUGUCCCCGCCCUCCUCUCCCUCAUUUCUUCCCUUUCCUUUUAAAGGAUGUGUUUGUAUGCAUUCUGGACAUUUGAAUUAAAAUCAAAAGUAUUGUGAUCUUGAAAAGGAUCACCAUAGAUGUGGACAAAUCAUUAAAAUUACAGAGCUAUAUGAUCCAUAAUUGAUUAGUCUCAAAAUAACUUAUUGAUGAAAUAUACAAAUAUUUUAUUGUAGCACCUAUUUUUAUAUGCACAUUUAGCAUUUCUCUUUCCUUCACUAUUUAGCCUAUGAUUUUUGCAGAGGUGUUGCACUAUAUUAGGAGCUGUAUUCCCAAAACUGAAGUGAUGUCAAAAUGGCAUUUAACAUCAUUGAAAAUGUGGAUAAGUUAUGGAAAAAUCUUAAAAUGCCAAUGCAGCCCACUCAGUUGGAUCUGUACUUUUAAAAAAUUGAUUGUAUCCCAAUAUAUAAAAGAAAAUCUUUUAGGGCAAAUAAUUGGGCCAUGUAAGUGAGAAUAAUGUGGAAGUUUUUGGUUUUAUUAGAAAAGAUUUGAAAGUAUUUUUAUUAGUCAACCAAAAUGAUGUAUUGUUUUGACUACUAUUGUAGCCGGUUUUUUGAUUGUUUAACCAAACCCAGUUGCAUUUGUACAGAUCCACGUGUACUGGCAUCUCCUUGGAAGACCAAAUGAUGGACUGUACAAAUCUCUAUACAAUGUCUUUAUCCCUCUGGGCAGCAAGCAAUGAUGAUAACCAUUACCAGGAUCUCUGUAAGAUGGGGCUACUGUUGUUACAGUCUCAUAUGUAUCCCAGCACAUGUAAUUUUUUAAAAUAGUUUCUGAAUAAACACUUGUUAACUAUGUCAAAUCUGAGGGAUUGAAGUAUGAUUCCUUGAGGUACAAAAGGCUUAGCUAUGUGUGAUUGACUGAAUAUCCAAUAUGCACGAUUUAGGCAAUAGUAGCAAACUUCUAUUACAAAUAGAAAAAAGUUUU